GUGCUGACGUUGGCAGCCGAACCCGAAGUAGUUCGAGGCGGCUGGCUGCACCGUCCGGUUGUUGUGUUGCGUUUCCUUCCUCUUUCACUCCACGCUCCCGGCAGCGGCGCGAGGGCGUCUCGGCGGCCUGCUUUCUCCCUCCCGCGCACCCUCCUACCUCGGCUCGUCAGUCCGGCUUCGUCCUUCAGUCGGCGGCCCGCGCCCCGCUAGCGCUCGCUCCCCGCGCUCGCCGCGCCCAGGCCCAUCGGCUGUAGCUAGCGCCCGGCCUGAGAGCCUCCGCGUCCCGGCAGCGCGGGCACCUGGAGCCGAGCCUCGCAGCGGCUCGAGAGGAGGCGAGCGUGCGAGUGUGAGGGGUGGCCGGGGCAGGUGGUGGCGCGGCGAACAUGGUCGCCAAACAGCGGAUCCGUAUGGCCAACGAGAAGCACAGCAAGAACAUCACCCAGCGCGGCAACGUCGCCAAGACCUCGAGAAAUGCUCCCGAAGAGAAGGCAUCUGUAGGACCCUGGUUAUUGGCUCUCUUCAUUUUUGUUGUUUGUGGCUCUGCAAUUUUCCAGAUUAUUCAGAGUAUCAGGAUGGGCAUGUGAAGUGACUGACCUUAAGAUGUUUCCAUUCUCCUGUGAAUUUUAACUUGAACUCAUUCCUGAUGUUUGAUACCCUGGUUAAAAACAAUUUAGUAAAGCAUCCUGCCUCAGAAUGACUUUCCUAUCAUCCUUCAUGUGUCAUUCCAAGGUUUCUUCACAAGUCAUUCCAAGUUUUCUAGUCCAUACCACAGUGCCUUGCAAAAACACCACAUGAAUAAAGCAAUAAAAUUUGAUUGUUAAGCUGCAGUAGUGGACCCUACUUAUUUAGUCAGUAAAGAGUAAGAUUUUUAUGUGGUUAUUAAAACAAUAUGCAGACUGGGCAAUUAGACAGUGUCUAGAUUUCAUUAAUCCCGAUGUGUAAAUACAAUUAGCUUAAUUUAAAAUUUGGAGUCUUGUGGUUUUUAUAUAGCUAGGCACUUUGUUACUUUCUCUUGAAUUCAAAGCACACUCCCUUAUGGGGUCACAUAACUGUCUUGUAAUAAGGUGCUUAUAAAUGGAACAACUACAUAGUUAGCCUAGUUUAACCACAACCUUCAGCACCGAAAAAUUUUUAAAAGGUUCUAAAUGCCUAAUGUAAAGGAGAUGAUUAUAGCCACAUCUAUUUUAACAAUUUAGUUUCUAUUGUACUACCUUGGAUUUUGCAUGAGUGAGUAUAGUAACCUAAGAUGCCAUUUAAAAACAAAAUCAGUUGAGCAUUUUGUGACUUAAAUCAGUCCAUGUGGUUUCAGUAAAAACUACCAUGAUGGAGUGAAGUCAGUCUGGGAAGGUUUGUUUAUGUCACAUUGAUUUAAUAUAUCAAAGAGAUUUACUAUAAACAAAAUUUUGGGGGAAAAAUACUACUAUUUUCCCACACUGAGUCCAGUGUGCCAUAAGACAUCUUAGCAUGUUAACAGCACUUUUAAUAGCAACAAGGCACAUCAUAAAAAGUUAUGCUUAGUUUGGAAAUGUUUUUUCUAGAUUUAUAAUUGAAAUGCCAUUAGGGUACUAGAUAAUAUCAGUGACAUCUGGAAUUAAGUGGAUUUACUGAUAAGGAUCAGUGUUUAGUCUUCCCUUUGUUGUAUGAUUUUAUAGGUUAUGAUUGAUUACAUUUUCUUUUACUAAUGGUAAGAGUGAGGGUGAUAGGGCAGGUUUUGGGUUUUCUAGUACUGUUGAAAACUUCCAGUAAUGGCUAUUUAUAUACUUAGUCAUAACUUAGUGAAAAAAGCCUGAGUAGUAUCUAUGUAUUAAUGAAUUGGAAAAAGAAAGCUGCUUAUGUUUGCUUUGUUAAUUGCCUCAGGAUAUCUCUUUUAAAAUAAGCUUUUAAGAGGAACAGAAGGGAAAUCUGCUACCUAUCUUAUACACAGUGUGAACCUCAGAGAGAGCUUCUGAUAACCCUCAAAUAUGGAGAAAAGCAAAGGAGAGAGAGAAGUGGUUAAGGAUGCUUGAGAACUUAACUACUCUGGAAUAGGAAAGAAAUCAGCUGACCUUGGGCCAGCAGGUUUUUAACUGACUUGUUACCUGCCUUUCUCACCCAGUAAAUCAGCCCCUAUACUUGUUUCCUUCUUUGAAACAAGCGUCUUUUGACUAACUAAUGCUAUUUUAUUGUAACUUUAAAAAUGAAAAUUAUUGCUCUAAAUUCAUAGCAGGUGCCUUAUUCUUUGCUUAGAGUCAAACCAUUCCAUGUCAUAAUUUUCCUUGAUUUGCUAUAGAUAAUUGGCUUUAAGAUUUUUUGGUUUUGUUCUUUAGUGUACAAUGUUUUGAUUAAUUUGACUGUUAAAUUGCUACAGCUGGCAAUCAUUUUACAUAUGUAAAAUUGCAUUCCCUUUGUAUUUCAUGUAUAAUUUACCAAUGGAGUACAUUUUAUAUUCAGGUUGGAUUAUGCAUGUUUGGAUAAACAAAAACUGUCUUAUUGAACUUCUUUAGAAAUAAAGUUCCCUGAAUAUCUGA